AUGCGAAUCAACAAAUUUGAGGAAGAACACAGCUAUGGAAUUCAAUGGGAGAACAGGCUGGUAGAUGUUGAUUGGAUUGCAGAAGAGUUCUUGGAGAAGUUCAGAGCAAAUCUAGCCAUGUCAUUCGGUGAUUUUAAGAAAGCAAAUCCUAAGGGUGCUGAGAAGCCUCUGCUUCCACUGGACAAGGCAGGUGAGCAUGAAGAGAAAGAGAAGUCUAAGCCAGUAUCAUACUCGUAUUCAUUUUUCCACCUCAUUUUCUCUCUAGCUAGUAUGUAUUCGGCAAUGCUUCUAACUGGGUGGUCGACCUCAGUUGGUGCGAGCGGGAAGUUGGUGGAUGUCGGAUGGCCAUCUGUGUGGAUAAGGAUUAUAACUGGUUGGUCAUAUGUUAAUUAGUUUUAUUUAAGUUUUUGUUUACUAUAAAUAUAAAUAUUAAGCCCUCACUCAAUUUGGUACUUUGCUUACGCUCGUCUAUUCUAUAUUUGUCUUGCUAUAAUU